AUGGCAUUGAAGAUCCUGGCGCGGUACCAGUACCCCAAGUUGAUGAAGCUGUACCAGUACUGUUGCCAUAAGGUGCGGAAGAAUCAUGUGGCGGCAAAGUUGGAGGGACCUGGCGAUGUAGAGUUUGCAGUUGACGAAGACGUUGGAACUGGAGGCGUCCAAGUAGACAGCGAGACGCCGGUGCCGCUGGAGAAGGUGGACGACGCACUUCCGCCGGUGCUGCUUAAACUUGGGUAA